AUGUUCCGCUUUUUCGGUCUGUCGGGCACGUUCGAACGCUUCUUCAGUUUGGAUGAAAAGACCAAGGACCAAAAGCCUCAGAUGAUUGAUUCACUAGAGCGACUUUUACAAGAUUGGAUCAUUGACGAAUAUGAUGAAGCGACUGAACUGGCUCUGCUAACCAUUCUUGUGGAAAUGAUGUACAUGCUCGAUAUUGGGAGCCAAUCACCCUCCGCACUCCAACGAGAUCGUACCCUAAGUUGGAGGCGCACCGUUCAGCAGGCCGACAAGUGUGCGGCGGAAAUCGCAGCAUACAGUCCUCAUCUCACGCGAUCGCGCCCUUACUUACAAUGGACUUUGGCAAAAGAACAUUUCGAUCGUCAGCAGAAUCGGAGCGCAUCAUAUCGCGAAAUGCGAAAGCAGCGCGUCGAACGAGUUCCCGGUAUCGUUCUCAAUAAGUGGUGUUUGCCAGUUUACAUACCGGUGGGAACAGAAAACGCAGGCUGGCCAUCUCCUGACCCCAAAUUCCCGCCUAGUGACUCAUUAUAUUUGGCGUUGAACACGUCUAAGGAGCUCUCUGACUAUAAAACUCAGUCCAUGGUACUCAGGGAGCUUAUAUGUCGUGUGGAAGAUCCCCGGCCGUUAUUCAAGGAGCUGGAUCAGUUGCAUGGAGGCAUACAGGGGGAUUUUGUUGAGUCCUACGAAUCUUGCAUCUCACAGUAUUUGCUCGCUACGGACGACAUUUCGUGUCGACACCUUCUACAAAGAUUGGAGGCAGCCGCAGCCCAGUUCAAACCCACCCCAGAGAACGAUGUUUGUGUUGCAACACGCUGGAACGGCCUCAUGGUGCAAAAUGCUCUUGCUCGCUCGAUCUCCGCAGAUGCAGAAACCAUUGAUCAGAAUUCUCAUAUAGCACAGUCCAUCUGCCAGAAUCUUCCAUAUUCUCAGAAGGCCAUCAACAAAUUUGCACAACCUGCCAUUGAGAAAGAUAAAGGUACCAAUGAGCCUGAAGAUCAGAACAAAGAAAAAGAACCCACGGCAAAGGGUAGUUCUGCGGAGCAGGAGGCCAUCGAUCUGGAACUGCCAGAAUCACCGCUUGACAGAGCCAAGAACAAUCCGUCCGAGGAGGUUCGACAAGCUCGCAAGGAGCUAAGCAGAUGGUACGAGGAAGAGGUUCGCCGUCGACUGGACAAACUGGAGCUUUACGAGAUGCAAAACAAGAGAGAGAACCUCGAGAAAGAGCUUCGUGAGACGAAGCUCCGCCGGGAGCUCGAGAAAUUCGAGGACGAAGAACGGCUGAAGGCUGGUAAAAAGGACAUUCGCAGAAAACUGCGCGAGGAAACAUCCGGGAAUAACCAAAAGUCUAUCAAUGGAGCAACAUCGCGUACUCAGAGGACGUCAUACAACCAGAAACAAAUAACACAGGGUGACCAAGGAAGAAAGGAUGUUGACGGUGGUCGACAAGAAAAGGCAGAAAUAAAGCCGAAUGAAGAUGCAAUCCCAAUGACCCAUGAACCAGAGGAAGUCGACUAUGCUUGGCCCCUGGAAAAAGUGCAUAAGAAGUCAAAGACCCCACAAAAGCCAUACCGUUAUGCAUCAGUCACAGAGCCUCAAGAUGAACCAUCAACCUUGGAGGAGCCUGACUCGUCCUCAGUCAGGCCUGGACCACCUCGCGAUCUGCGGCGUCGGACGGUCCGUCGGGCCGCACGGCCUCGAGCUGCCUCGCGACAGAAUGAGAAGCCCUCGAUUGAGGAGAGUGGUACAGAUUCAGAGGAGAGGUCUUCGCAUCAGAUUACAGUGUGGGAGGAGUUCUCUUCGGGAGAAGAGAAGACUUCUGGGCCUGGCUCUUUGGUGCUGUCGCCAAGGCGUGACUCUCUGGAUUCAGAGGAUCACGAACCGAAGAUGAUUGAGUAUGGCGAGGAAACCGCCCCUUGA